AUCAUAAGAAAUCCGGGCGCCACGUCCGUUCCCAGCGCCCGCUGCACCCUGCCCAUCGUCGCCUCUUAACAACCCGUCGUCGCGCGACGGCCGCCACCAGACCCUCCUUCUCUUGCACCACCACCAUCUCUCUAAUCCGUACCCCCACCGUCUUUAACCUAGUCUGUCCUUUAACCCAUGGCUUCGAUUUCCCUUUCCAGAGAACUUUCCUCCCCCCGCGAACGUCCGGCGCCCUUCUCAAUUCAGGAGUUCUCCGACCUCGUGUCAUCCGCCUUCAACCUCGUGCCCCAAGCCCCCUCUUCUUCGCGCCCCCCUCAUCCUGGCGCGCCCCUCCACGCGUCGGGUGUGCUCCCCUCUCCCGCCAUCAGCUGUUUCGACGCCGACACGGACGACGGCCACUUUGCGGGCUCUCCCCGUAAGGCCCGGCGUUCCAGCGCGAAGCCACCGAUGCCGUCAGAACAGUCGCCCAAGUCGCGCUCCGCAUUCAGCGUCCUGCGACGCGUCCGCUCGCGUGCCUCUGCUGCUCUCCGUCCGGCAAAUACCCAUCUCGCCCCGCCGUCGGAUGCAGCAGCUCAUUCUGCACGUCCCAGCAUCUGCUCCCAGCGCACUCUGCAGUCCACCGCGACGAUGUCUUCAUACUCAUUCCUGUCCCGUCCGCCCACUCCCAUCCCCACUCCGCGCACAGGUUCACCCUUCCCGGACCUCGCCCUCUCUCGCUCACGAUCGCGGUCCAAGAGCCUCACCGGUCCGAUCUCAUUUUUGAAAUUAACAAAGCGCGAACCUGGCGCGUCGUCUACGAGUCCGUCCCAGCCGCCAAGCGCUCCUGCCGCGCCCGAUACCCAGAACUUGCCUUCGUUCCUCGACACGACAGGAUACGCCCAGCGGAACCCGCAGCCACCCGCCUAUAGCCGCCCCUCGACGCCCGUUGCACCGCUCAAUGCCCAGGGGCAGUCGCGCAUACAUACGCGCCUACCCCCUCUGCGCAAGGCGAAGAGCGCGUCGACGAGCCUGUUCCGUGGGAAGAAGCCUAAGGGUGGACGUGGGGCGGAAGCAAAUGGCGCCACCGCAGGAGCGCAACCGCGAGUCGCCCUAGACUGGACUAUGCUCGACUCGGAGGAGUUGUUCAUGUCGCCGAGGGAUCCGCCACCUGUUCCGCCGCUGCCAUGUGUCUCCUUUACCAGCUGCAGCCCGGAGACAGGAGUGGAUGAAGAUGGGGAGCUGGAGGUCCCUGCAUAUGUCUUCGAGAGGAGGGGCAGUGCGACGAGCACAUGCACUACUAGCACGACGGCAUCCUCGGGGUCGACGUCGAGCCUCAGCGAGCGGAUCGCAUCCAUGUUCCAGAGCAAGGCCAAGCUGCGAGCGCGCUCCAAGCUGAGUCUCGCCAUCACCACAGCUACCGCUGACUCUUCGCCUUCGACGGACUCGACGCGCACAUGGUCGCCUGUGACGCCCACUGGUGGCUUUGCGUUCCCGAGCUCAAGCGCAGCCCGUGUCUGCACGCAGUCCGAGAAUGGACAUGACACAUUCGAAGAGGACGCGUCGAAGAUCGGGCGUGUAUUAACCCCAGAGCCGGACCCCUUCGCGAAAGCCGACGUGGCGAUUGCGAGGUUCAGCACGGACGUUACGCCGAGGCCCGUCUCGCCUGUUGCCAAGUACGGCUCGCGCAGAGGCUCCCGACAGGACGACAGGAGGGCGAGAAAGGCGCGGAGCGCGCAGCAGGGCUGGGACUUCAAGGACACCAGCCCCGAUGAUGUGGGAGACUCACCCGAAGUGUACUCCAGGGUUCGCGGUAGCGGCUCUCUUAGACGGGUUCGGAGACGACUCCCGGCGUUCAUGAUGGAGUCGCCGUCUCCGAAGUCCCCGAUAUACGAGUUCCCGUCCUCGUGCUUGAUUUACCCGGCCAGAGGGGAGGACGCCCCGCAGUCGCCUCUGCUCGCCGGACCAGCCGCGCGAACCCGAGCCAAUCUCGUCUCGAGGUUCUCGAUGUCGACUGAGUCGAUCUCGUCGCGCUCCUCGUUCACCGAGUCCGCGGAGCACCAAGGCCUCAAGGACGUGGAUGUGGAUGCGACGUUCGUCUUCGGCUCGCCGUUGCCCGUCGCCAAUGCCGACAUCGCGGUCGCUCCCGGAAACGCAUCGCGUAGUCCCAGCAAGCGUGCCACCCUCGAUGUAUGCGCGUCACCUAAGGCAGAUCAGCCAACGGUGCGUCGGUCAACGACCCGCGCGUCUCUCCCGACGUCCCCGCCAUCCGCACACGCUCGGUAUGCGCACUGCGCGGCGUCCGUCCUGGAUGUGACGACGAAGCGCCAGGCGUCAGUGCGGACUUCUGCGUCCGAGCCGUCUCCCCGAGCCCACCGCCCCUCUUCGCCUUUCCCUCUCGUACGUGGGAUCAGCGACGGGUCGCCGAAGGGGCAUCUGGAAGCGAAGCUCGAUGACGAAAUGGACACCUCUGUUGGUAGCGAGUCGGCGGAUGAUUCGGGCGUGUACUCCGGUGUCGUUCUGAAGGACGAGGCGCACCGUCAUGAUGAGGAGGCGUUCGAGGAUUCGUUCGUGUUGUCUGGCGAGGACUUGGAGCGCCUGCCGAUCCCGGCGUUGUCGCGAGAGAAGCGCGGACUGGCUGAAGAGCACCGAGCCUUCGAUACGGAGGACGAUGCCCUUACUCCCCGUCCCACAUCCCCAGCGCAAUCGUUCCUCAGCGUCGACGCGCCUUCUAUCGAGCAGAAGGGGCCGCUCGAGGAACUUGACCUGACACUCACCGUCGGGCUUGCCGAACGCGACUGGGAUAGGCACACCACGGGGACCUCGGGAUCUAGCACUGAAUCCAGCAUGUUCUUCAGCGCGCGGUCGAGCGUCGAAUCGACACGAAACAGCGUCUGAACGCGCUACUCGCUACCCCGCACUUUGUCUUGAAUCGCCUCGGCAUCGCUCCACCUCUCGACCUCUCUCUUGCGAGGCGAACCCGUCGUUCUUUCAAGGUACUUCAAGUUCAUUAUUCUUAACACUGCAAGCCCGAAUCCGAGCCGCUUGGCUCCCUGUCGUUCCCUCUCCUCCAUGCAAGCACUGGC